AUGGGAAGCAAACUUUCCCCUUUGCUCGCUGAGCUGUUCAUGAGCGAUUUUGAAGGCGAUCUCGAAAAAAGGGAAAAACUUUUCCCCCGAGUUUGGUGGCGCUACGUCGACGAUAUCUUCGCCACAGUUAAAGAACGAUAUCUCCCACAAACUCUUGAGCUCCUGAAUAGCCAACACAGCUCGAUCAAAUUCACCGUCGAAAAAGAAGUGGAUGGAAAACUCCCUUUUCUCGACCUGCUCAUCUCCAGAAAAGAUGAUAGCACGGUGAAAUUUGGAAUCUACCGAAAACCGACAUCAACCGAUCGCUACAUAACGGGAGAUUCAAAUCAUUUUGGUGCACAAAAACAAGCUGCGUUUCAUUCAAUGGCACACCGUUUGUUCAACAUACCGAUGGAAAACAGUGAGUUUGAAAGCGAAAAAGAAAGGAUUUUAUUGGCGGCCAAUCUGAACGGUUAUGACGAAAAAUUCGUGUAUAAAAUCCUACGCAAACACGAAAGAAAAAGGUUCCGAAGUAAUGCCACCACUUUCAAACCAGAAAAGGAAGAAUCCCAAAGGGUCAGUUUGCCGUUCCACCCACCACUGACCAAUGGCAUUCGGAAGAUCCUCUCCAACCACGGUUUGAAAGUGGCUUACAAAAGUUCCAACACCCUAAAAGAUUGUUUGGUUUCACUAAAGGAUAAGGUGCCUCCGGAGGAAAGAUCUGGUAUCUACGAGAUACCUUGCGAGGCCUGCCCGGCGGUCUAUAUUGGCCAAACAAGGCGCAAAUUUAAAACACGGAUAAAGGAGCAUAAAAACGCCGUAGAAAACAACAGAUCCAACGAAUCCAGUGUAGCCGCCCAUGCAUCAGAAUUCAACCAUUCCAUAGAUUGGGAAAAGGUGAAAUUCAAAAAAUGUGUUCGAAAAGCGUCACAUUUAAAUGCCUGGGAAUCGAUGUACAUCACGACUUCAGAGAGGCCUUUAAUGAACGAGGAUGACGCGCCUAUCAUUUCGCCGCUUUUCAACUUGGCAAACAAAAAUGUAUAA